UCUUGUAUAACCGAUACAACAAUAGGUGUAGCACGUUACCCAUCGGGGUUUCGCCAACUCGAAGCAGCUGUUUAAUAUUCCGUAGAGUGCCCCAGGCUGCUAUAUAACCCCUGGAGACAGAGCUUCAGGCAACAACCGCCAUGGCUUACUUACAGAUCACCUUCCUCGCCGUCUGUGUUUUCGGGUCCGCUAUGUCGGCCGUAGCGCCGCUAGCCUUUCCAGGGGUUGCCUUCGCCUCGCCUUACGCCGCUUACAGUUCUCCCUUCGCCGCCGUGGGUCCCGCACUACCCGUGAGGACUGCCGCCCCCUUGGCCGCCCCUGUCGCCGCCCCUCUGGCCGCUGUCCGAGCAGUUCCCGCUCCCGCCGCCGUGGUCGCCCCCGUCGCCAAGGUCGAGGAGCUGGACGCCUUCCCACAGUACCAGUACGCCUACUCCGUACAAGACACUCUGACCGGCGACUCCAAGGUGCAGCAGGAGGCUAGAGACGGUGGCGUGGUCAAGGGCUCCUACAGUCUGAUUGAACCCGAUGGUGCUCGCCGUACCGUCAACUACUACGCCGACCCUGUCAACGGCUUCAACGCCGUGGUCCAGAGGGAGCUGCCCGCCGCUGUCGUACCUGCUGCGGUCGCCGUCUAGAUACGACCACACCACACUCUACCUCGUCUCAACACUCAGAACCUCUUCCCAACAUUGAUCUCAUCUCAUUCAUUUCCACCAUCAUCUUGAUUCUCUAAUAUGUCAUCAUCAUUCAUCUCCCUUACUCUUGUUUCUAUCCUUUCUCUAAGUAAGCCAUGCUAUCCAAUCAAUGUUAACGUUACAUCCAUGGUUUAAUGUAAGCAUUGUGUAUCAUAUGUAAUUACAAUAAAAUCAAUGUAUAUA